GCAUAGCGAAAAAGCUAAACGUAAACACGAUUAUCGGCCAAAAAUACAACAGCAAUACAAUGGAUAUCCGCAGUGACGAAGACCUUAAGAUGUACUUUUAUGAAAACCGGUUGAAAACUUUUGAAGGAUGGCCUUUCGACGAGGAUUGUGCGUGCACCCCAGAGAGUAUGGCAAACGCAGGUUUCAUCCACACUCCUUCAGAAAAUAGCCCAGACAUUGCUAUGUGCUUCUUCUGCCUCAAAGAACUCGAGGGAUGGGAGCCAGAGGAUGACCCAGAAAAAGAGCAUAAAUCUCAUUCACCUUCCUGCUACUUCAUCUCCUUGAAGAAGAAAAUUGAAGACCUUACAGUAGAGGAAUUUUUCAAGCUUCAGAGGGAGAGGCGCAAGAUUAUUAUUAGCAAAACCUGCAAUGAGGCCAUCAACAAGUUUGAGGAAGCUUCCAAAAAGCGGAGAGCCGAUAUCAUCAAGACAGCUAUGGAUGAAGAGUGACCUGCUGUAGAACA